UAUGGUAACCAGUAUUUCAGAAUCCAGUAUGGAGUCGUUGAGUACCUUUUGUAGGUCAAGAAGACUUCUUAGCGCGGCUAGAAAUGCAUUUAGAACGUAUUCGAUGACACGAGUCGCCGUAACACAUGCCAAUUUUCAUAAUGAAACCUCAAAUGACUUGAAAAUUACAGAUGACCAUCCAGAGGUAGAAGUUUCUCACAAAGAAUUCAAAUAUGUAGAGAAAUUGUUACCAAAACUAACAGUACCUGAUCCGCCCCAGCAUGGCAGUUACCCCACCCCAUCUGGGUGGGUUGCACCUACAGCAUCAUCAACUACGCAUCCAUAUUUCAUAAAAAGAACUAAAAACCAUAUGUUCCCGGUGUACUUGGAGACUUCACAUGCGGGAACUAGGCAACUCGUGAAAAUUAAACAAGUGGAAGGAGAUAUUUGGGCGUUUGAAGCAGACCUUAGGAGCCACCUAGAACAAGUGACUGGAAAGUCCGUCUUCACUCGUGUUCAUGAAGUGUCACGCUAUGUACAGGUCAAAGGACUCCAUUUAGAGGAAGUGUCAAAACUGCUGCUGCAGAAAGGAUUCUGAUGUGUUGAAAAUGAUAUAAAUUGAUUUGUUUGCUUUUUGUUGCUUUUCUUAUUACUGAAAAGAAGUGUGGGUUUGCAGACAUGUAUGCAAGAUUUUCUGUAGCAUUUACAUACAAGAGGACUUUUUUUAAGAAAAGAAAGUGAACCUUCACUGACAAAAACAUUUUAUGGUGAUGUUAUUAACAAUAAAAAAUUAAAUAGGGAGCAUCCACCCACUGCGCAUCAAGGUACCCACCUCUGGGUACAAUCUUGGUUUUAUAAUAUAAAGAAUGGCAGUCAAAA